AUGUUAGUGAAAGAUCUUAAGUGGUACAGUCCCUUCGUGUUCUUUGUUGGUGCUAUUUUAAGUUUUGCUGAUCCCAUCACCGACAUACUCACACUGGUAGAAUUCUACCGCGCGGAUCACAAAACAUGGUUUGGUGUGGGGCUUACUUUUGUUUUAUUGCCAUGUUUUGUGUUUCAAGUAUUGUUCGUCCGGUUGCGUACCCAAUUAAUUGCUUCACCUUCUAAUUUGGCGAUGAAAACUGCUUUUUGUGCAUUACGUCCAUUUUCAGUAGCCUUUACGAUACUCGAAGUUUUUUUUUCUUUCUCAAGAAAUUGUUGUUUAAAUUAAGGUGAAGUCGACCGGGCCAGCUAUGAAAAAGCUGAAGAUGUAUUCACUCACAUUGAGUUUGCUGGGCUCUUUGAGGCAGUCCUUGAAUCCACUCCACAAUUUAUAAUUCAGUUGUACGCCAUUAGUCUUCGAGAGGAACCAGCUGCGAUUAUCCAAAUAAUUUCUCCACCUAUCUCUUGCCUCAUUCUGGCAUGGGCCGCUCACCAAGUAGCAUGGUACGAUAUCUCUCCUUUGAUGUUACGCGGGGGAUCCUUGUCAAUCUCGUCUUCUACAGUCAUCAACUGCACCAUAAUUGACCACUUGUUAUUUGAGAGAUUCGACAGUCAACUAAGCGAGUCCUUAGAUAGAGUUAAUGACACGAUCAGCACAAUACAGAGUAUCAGCGAAACGUCUCUGGCAGAGUAUCUUGCCUAUGCCGCAUGUGCACUGUCCGUCAUUAACCUCGUUGUGUUUUGUGUUACUUUCCGCUGUGUCUUCAGGAUGUUUCGUCAUCAACCUAAACAUAAGCUGUCUAAGAAAAUCGAAGUACCUCACUACGAAAAACAUGCAACCAAUAAUUAAUUGGUAACAAAUUAUGAUAUUUACAAUAACAACAGUAAUAAUAACCAUAGGAAUAGCAAUGAUAACUUAAAGGAGCUGGCUCAAGAACUUCACUGUUCCUGUAUCCUUAAAGCACCUGCUUCUUUUGAUUUUGCCUGUUAAUUACGAAUGAUUUUCUUAUUUCAUAACAAUUCCGUUUUUGCAAAAACAAAACGUUCUAGGAUAUUCAGUUAUUCCGUGUUUACAGAUAUACUGCAAUUUCCCCAUUUCGCCAUUCUUCCCUUCUAUUAUAUUGUCAAAUAAUAGGAAAAGGAGGAGAAGUCUGGAAACGAAACUUUUUGCCGCUAAGUCUAACGUUUGAAUCACGUGAUAAAUAAUUCGUACACGAAACUGAUGCCUGGAAGAUCAAUUUCGCCAUGUUGUUAGUAGCAAAUUUCCAAAUCGGAGAUGAUCUAUCUUUCUCGGGUGUCACGGGGUAAUUAACUUUCCCAGAGUGUUUGAGAUAUGCGUUUUUCCCACAAUCCCUUUUACAAGAAGACAGACUACGUACUAAAAAGCAACAGUCUCAUUGUAUUACUUCAACAAAAAGGUUGGACGGUACACGGCUGUUGGGAAAAUUUUCACUUUGUUUUCGUUUUCUCACUUACUUGUCAUUGUGCACUUUUUUUUUGCUCUUCGGUAUUUUGUUAAUUACGCUACUUUGUUAGAAGCUGUAUGUAAAUUUGGUUAUAUAGUUUGUUGUCUCGCCACUUUCUUUUUACCAGAGAUUUUUUCGUGUCUAUCCGUGAAACAGUGUUCGUGGCAAUAGAUAUUUCCUUUUUCUCGGUUUCCCAAACCACCAACCCCAGUUAUCCUCAGAAUUUAGUAAGCGGCUUCAUUUUCAUCGUUCCUUUAAUUUCGUUUUGCAGUGGCCUUUAGGUAGUUUGUCUGUAUUGUAAUUAUUAUUUUUUCGCUCUUGUAGGAAUUUACUUUUUUAACGUUAUAAUAAAACAUUUCUUGAGGCAUCGUGUUGUGUUUUCUUCGAAUUGGCUCUUGCCUGUUCAACGGCUGUGCCUCGAACAAGAAAAAAAGAAGUUUACGUCCAUCCUCAGCCCAUUAAUUGAACAUUCAGUGUGCUCACUUUUUCAUGAGCAGCCUACUCGAAUGGCAUAAGUCGAGAGGGAAGAGAAUAAAAAGCAAGCAUUUUGAUAAGUUAGAAAUAGUGAAAAUAAUUAGGGAAUAUUUGUUAUUUACAUUUACAUUUAACAGAUAACUAAAACAUUACGCUUGUUUCGUAUUUAAAUGUUGUUCGAUAGUUCUAAUUUAUUGAGUGAUGUUGACAUUAAACGUGUUCGUGAGGUAAAUUUCUCACAUUUAAGGAAUAUGGUGCUUUGCCUCAAAGAAUGCGGCGAAGCAGAAAGUUUGGAUCACCUUGAAUGACCCUGAUGAUAUCUUGAGACAUUGUGUGAGUACAGCACUUAAAAUGUUUAUUUCAUAUUAUUACUGACAGACUUUUAAUGAUAAAGUCAGUUUACCGGAUUGAAUUUGAUAUUCGUUUGAGCCCAUUUUUCCAGUUGUGGGAUUUUACUUGUAAAAACAGUUGAAUACUCUAGUCAGAGUAAUUAAGCACUUACCAGGCGAUUCUUUAGAAGCUAAAUGCAAUUACCUACCGUUAAACAACUAAUAGUGACCUGAAUAUACUUAUGAAGAAUUUUUAGACUCAGGAAGUUUUGAUUUUAUCAUGGACACUCCAGCUCUCCCAGAUUGUGCCAUGGUCAGAAAAAACAACCUGAGAACCAAUCAGUUUCCAUUAUCUCGUGUAUUACACUGAAAUUGAUACAGACGACAAACUAUUUUCAAUGAUUUUUAGUGUCAAAACAGACUAAAGCAAAGGAAGCUUUGCAGUUUUUCGGUCGAAAGCUUAGCACGAAAGCCUCAGACUAACAGCGCAGCAACCUAUUUCAGUAACUGAGCUUGUGUCAAUACAAGCCGACUUACUAAACGGACAAACGAAAAGUCCGUCGACAUGGAAGUGAAAGAUCUUAAGUGGUACAGUCCUUUCAUGUACUUUGUUAGAGCUAUUUUAAGUUUUUCUGAUCCCAUAACCGACAUACCCACGCUGGUGGAAUUCUACUGUGUGGGUCACAAAACAUGGUUUGGUGUGGGGCUUAAGAAAUGGUGGUCUAGAGAUGAAAUCGACCCGGACAGGUCUGAAGAAGCUGAAGAUGUACUCAGUCACAUUGAGGCAGUACUUGAAUCCGCCCCACAAUUUAUCGUUCAGUUGUACGCCAUCAGUGUUUAGGAGGAACCAUCUGCAAUGAUCCAAAUCAUUUCUCUACCUAUCUCUUUCCUCACUCUUGCAGAGGCCUUCACAGCCACCGAUAAGAGGUCUCUUGCCGAGUGCAAAAAAAUACCAAGUAGCGGUGACCUGAAUGUUACAUUACAAUUAGCAUUGUAUGUGACUCACUUAAUUUUCCUUAGCAGUCGACUGUUCGCCAUCUGUUAUUUCACUGUCAGCUACAAGUGGUGGGUCAUUGGGGUGUUAAUUUUUCAUUCUUGUGUGGUAGUAAUAGCGACUGUUAUUCGGAAUGAAGAAGAAGUUCAUUGCGGCGUCUACUACGUUUUCUUAAGUAUAUUGUUUCUGGACAUUCACUGUCUAAGAGAUGACUAUGUAGAAUUAUCGAUGGGUGUAGAUGUAACUGAUUUAACCAUGAGCGUGUUUUUCUCAUAUUUUUUUUUGUAUUAG